AUGGAUUGGCUCCCUCACCGAAUGGCUGCUUUUGUGUUGCUUUUAUUGGCACUCUUGGAUCUCAGCACAGGAUUUCAUGUAGAGGUAAAAGAAUGGGAUGAAAAUGGAAUGGCAAGAUGGAAAACCUUCAAAAGACAAAAACGUGAAUGGAUCAAAUUUGCUGCAGCUUGUAGAGAAGGAGAAGAUAAUUCUAAGAGGAAUCCAAUUGCCAAAAUCCGAUCAGAUUGUGAAGAAAACAAUCCAAUCACAUACAGCAUCUCUGGAGUCGGAAUUGACCGUGCCCCCUAUGGAAUAUUUGUUGUUAACCCAAGAACAGGAGAAAUUAAUAUAACAUCGAUAGUGGACAGGGAAGUAACCCCAGUAUUUGUUAUACGUUGCUUUGCUAAACACUCAGUGACGGGUGUAGAUUUGGAACCACCUCUUGAACUUCGAGUCAGAGUUCUCGAUAUAAAUGACAACCCUCCUAUAUUUGCACAAACUGUAUUUACAGGAGCUGUCGAAGAAAGCAGUAUGGACAACACACUGGUGAUGAAAAUAAUUGCAUCAGAUGCAGAUGAACCUAAUCACUUGAAUUCUAAAAUUGCCUUCAAGAUAGAGAGUCAGGAACCUUCAGGUCCACCCAUGUUCAUUAUGAAUAAAUACACUGGAGAACUCCAUCUUGCAAAUUAUCUUGACAGAGAGCAACAUAGUAGCUACACUCUUGUUGUGAAGGCAUCAGACCGGGAUGGAGCUGCAGAUGGAAUAUCAUCCCUUUGUAGCUGUAACGUUAAAGUUAUUGACGUCAAUGACAACUUCCCAACUCUUGCUCAGAGCUCUUUUUCAGCAAGUAUUUCAGAAAACUCACUCAGUUCAGAACUGCUACGAAUACAAGCUCUGGAUGCUGAUGAAGAGCAUACGGACAAUUGGUUAGCAGAGUUUUUCUUUAUAUCUGGUAAUGAAAAUAACUGGUUUGAAAUUGUUACGGAUCGAGCUACAAAUCAAGGAAUCCUUAGAGUAAUUAAGGAACUGAAUUACGAACAUCUCCAAACUCACUCACUGAUUAUUGGUGUCAGGAAUGUAGCUGCCUUCCACCAUUCUGUCGCACAAGACUACCGAAUGUCUGGAACACCUCUAACAAUAGAAGUAAAAAACGUGAUUGAACCACCAAGAUUUCAGCCAUCCUCAGUUGUGUUUUCUGUAUCAGAAAGCACAAGAGCAAAUUAUGUUGUGGGAACAUACACAGCCUUCGAUGAGGACACUGGAGCUACUGCAUCAAAUGUUAUAUACAGUAUAGGACGUGAUCCAGCUGCCUGGUUCAGAAUCAAUCAAAACACUGGUGAAAUCACACUCAACAAAGUUAUUGACCGGGAGUCAAUCUAUAUAAUCAAUGGGCAGUACAAAGCAGAGGUUCUGGCCAUCACCAGAGGGGCUCCUCGAUACACUGCUACUGGCACCAUUGUGCUUUCAAUAGAUGACCUCAAUACCAAUUGCCCAACUAUUAGUACUGAAUUAAGGAAAGUAUGUAUGCAUUCCCCAUCAGUGAUUAUCACAGCAAAGGGUAGGGAUGGUGAUCCAUAUGGUCUCCCCUUUACCUUCAGCAUACAUGGUGAACCUCAAACUACAUGGAUUAUCAGAUCAAUAAACGCUUCCUCUGCAGAACUAGUGAAUCAGAACAUUGGCUUUUACGUGUAUAGGAUCUAUAUCAGCGUAAGAGAUAACCUAGGCAGACGCUGCCCUAGACCACAUAUAAUUCCUGUGCAAGCUUGUCAGUGUGAUAGUCGUAAUUACUGCACCAGUGGGGCCACGACAAAAAUUAUCAUCGGUGGUGGUGGUGGUGGCGGCAGUGACAGCAGCACUGACGGCGGUGGUGUUGACAGUGGAGGACACCAGGACGGUGGACAAGGAGGUGAUGUUGAUGGAGGACCUAAAGACGGAGAACUUGAUCAUACAAGCUGGCAGGACUACACUGGUGGAUACAGUGAAGGUUAUGACGCAUUUACUGCAGCCACUGAUGAUUCUUAUAAUGGAAAUGGAGAUUAUGGCAGAGAUCUCUCAUCUUCUACCACACUUAGCGGUACUGCCAUUGGCCUGAUGUUUCUUGGUGGAUUAAUAUUUGUUCUGAUUCCAAUUUUGAUGUCAAUGAGCGACUGUUGUGGCUGUGGACCUGGUGCUGCAGGUGGAGUUGGAACUGGAUUUGAACCUGUACCUGAAUGCACAGAAGGGGCAAUUCAUCCAUGGGGAAUAGAAGGUGCACAGCCUGAAGACAGGGAUGUCUCACACAUUCUUGCCCCAACAACAGCUGCAGGAGGUGAUUUUGGUGAACCCUCUGACAUAUAUACAAACACAUAUGGAGGAGGAGGAGUAGUAGCUUCUGGUGUUGAAGAAACCACAGGGGUUGGCUAUGGCACUGGUACAGGUUACGGAACAGCUGGAGGAAUUUCUGGAACAGGGGAAGUAAAAGGGUCCGUUGGAGGAACCAUAAAAGAGUAUCGAGAAGGAGGAGUGAACAUGGCCUUCCUAGACAACUACUUCUCUGAGAAAGCAUUUGUGUAUGCAGAUGAAGAUGAAGGUCGGCCGGCAAAUGACUGUCUAUUAAUAUAUGAUCAUGAAGGAGUCGGUACUCCUGUUGGCUCUGUGGGUUGCUGCAGCUUCAUUGGAGAAGAUACAGAUGAAACGUAUUUGGAUACAUUAGGACCAAAAUUUAAGACCCUGGCAGAGAUUUGUCUGGGCAAAGAGAUCGAACCUUUCCCUGAUGUCAACCCACCCUGGCCAAGCGUUAACAUCACCUUUCCCAACUCUGAAAGUGAUCUAAACCUCCCGCCACCGGGAACCACUAUUGUUGUCAAUGGAUGUGCACCUAUGCCUCCCCCAGUCGGCACAACAACGGUUGUUACCGAAAACACCUACACAUCCGGGUCAACCAUACAGCCCCCGAGGCCGAUGCCUGAUCCUUUGCUCCACGGCAACAUGACGGUGACUGAGACCUACACCUCUGGCUCCCCCUCUCUUUGUGUCGACCCUCUGCGUGCAUCCAACGUGGUCGUAACAGAAAGAGUUGUCGGUCCCGCAUCUGCCUCUGAUUUGCGUGGCAUGCUCGAUAUCCCCGAUCUCGCAGAUGGGUCCAACGUUAUCGUCACGGAAAGAGUAAUCGCGCCCAACUCCCGGCUCCCAGCCUCUCUGAGCAUUCCCGAUUUGGUAGAUGGGUCAAAUGUGGUGGUGACAGAAAGGGUGUUCAGGCCUGCCUCCGGCAUGCCAGGCAGCUUAAUAAAUAUUCCCUCAGAGUUGUCAAAUGCCCACAACGUUGUUGUCACCGAGAGAGUAGUGUCAGGGUCUGGGAUGAGCAGUCUAGGCGGGACAAGCCUGGGGGUAGGAAAUCUGGGAGGUCUGAGCAGCACGGGUCAGAUGCUCAGCGCUGACAGUCACCUUGGCCAGGCGAUGGGCACGGCGUCCCCCGGCACCUCCCGGAGAAGAGUGACCAAGUACAGCACCGUGCAGUACUCCAGCCAGUAA